AUGUUGCCUGAAGAAGACGAUUUCGGUGACGGGGAGUGGAUUACUCUUUCAACUUUACACCUUACAGUGUCAACCGAUGGUUGGAGGUGUGCAUUAUCGCUGAAGAUCAAUGAGCACAUGCUGAGAAAGGUGGUCUCCGACAUAUCAGUGGAAAUAGAGAAAUAUAAGAAGGAAUUGGAAAACAUUAAUGUUGUGGUGGAAGCUGAAUGCGAAUGCUGUGGGCUGAAAGAGGAGUGCACCCCGGCAUACAUCGGACAAGUUGAAGAAUGUUAUUCGGGAAACUGGGUUUGUGGUCUUUGUUGUGAAGCUGUGAAAGAAAGAAUAGCUCGAGCUCCAAAAGUAGCCAUGGGAGAAGCAGUUGGGUCUCACAGGGAAUUUUGCCAGAAAUUCAACGCUACAACUAGACUCAACCCGAAGCUUUCAUUGACAUGCAUGAUGAGGGAUAUUGCAAAAAGAAGUUGUGAGAAUAGGGAAUCCAACAACUCUUCAAUAACAAAACUUGCUCGAAGCACUAGCUGUUUCCCAGAUAUCAACUAA